AUGGCUAACUCCAUCGAGACCACACUCAUGACCGCCUUAUCGUCGCUUCCCGCCGCAGACAUCCACCGCCUCGCCCUCUCCAUCUCUGCCGCCCACCGCCGCCGCCUCCUCCGCCUCGCCGCCGUCCUCUCCUCCCCCUCCCUCUUCUCCCUCUCCCUCCGCCACCUCCACACCCUCUCCCUCCGCCGCAAGUCCCUACUCGUCGCCCACCACCUCCUCUCCGACCUCGACCUCCUCCGAUCCCAUCUCCCCUCUCCCCCCGCCGCCGCCGCCACGCAGUCGUCCUCCUCCGCCGCGUCGCUCCGCGACCUCGACGCCACCCUUCUUCUCCUCCUCCUCUGCGAGCUCCACCGCCACGACCGGAGGCUCCUCGACUCGCCGCCGCAAAAUUGGCGGCCGACCCUCCGCGAUUACGCCUCCGAUUGGAUCCUCCGGCCGUCGAGCCUCGCCGGCGGGUGCUCCGACAGCGAAGCCCUAAUUAGGUUCGUGGAAUCGGCGCGGAGGUGCUGGAGUUUGGUCGGCGUGGGGGGUAAGGGAGGGGGAGGGACGGCGGCGGCGUCGCCGGAGGCGGUGGUGGCCCUGCCGUCUGUGGCGGCGGAAGGCGGCGGCGAGUGCGCGAUCUGCAGGGAGGAGAUGGGGGCUGGGAGGGAGGUGUGCGAACUGCCGUGCGGGCAUUUGUUCCACUGGAUUUGCGUGCUGAGAUGGCUGGGGAGGAGGGACACGUGUCCCUGCUGCCGGAGACGGCUGCCGAGCGACGAUGUCCGCCGUGAGAUCGAGCGGCUGAUGGAUGAUAUCGCCGGGGUUGGCGGCGGCGGGGGUGGAGGAGGAUUGUGA